CUGUUUACCAGAAGAGAAACUGGUUUGGCGCUGGGUUGCUACGUUCACGCGUGCCUCUGUGUGUGAGCAAGAGCUUUUUUUCCCCUCUCUGUCCCUUCACAGCUACAGGUCAUUACACCGAGCUGCCUGAAACUGCCUGAUGCUAUUUUUCACCAGCGUGACUUUAGAAGAGACAGCUGUGUGGAUGUGCUCCCCUUUCUGCCUUGGCUGGGGCACAGGAACAACUGCAAAAGCCAGUGCUGCUGCUGCCAUCUGAGAGCCAACCUGCUGAAGGACCUUUGCCCUCCCCAGGCCGAUCAUAAUGACACAGAUGCAGUUUAAAGAUGCAUUUUGGUGCAAGGAGUUCACCUUACACACUGGCUUCGAGGUGCUCGUACAGCGACUGCUGGAUGGGAGGAGGAUGUGCAAAGACGUGGAGGAUUUGCUUAAGCAAAGAGCUCAAGCAGAAGAGAGGUAUGGGAAGGAGCUGGUUCAAAUUGCCCGAAAAGCAGGAGGACAAACAGAAAUCAACACACUGAAGGCAGCAUUUGAGAAGCUCAAGCAACAAAUUGAAAGCGUUGGAAACUCUCAUAUCCAGCUGGCAGGAAUGCUGAAGGAUGAACUGAAAGGAAUAGAGGAGUUCCGAGAAAGGCAGAAGGAACAAAGGAAAAAGUACGAGUCUGCAAUGGAGCGCAUGCAAAAGAACAAGUUGUCCCAUUAUAAGAAAGCAAUGGAGUCAAAGAAGAGCUACGAACAGAAGUGCAAGGAGGCGGAUGAGGCCGAGCAGUCCUUUGAACGCAUGAGCGCUUCAGGCAACCAGAAGCAAGCAGAAAAGAGUCAGAACAAAGCCAAGCAAUGCAGAGAUGCAGCACAUGAAGCAGAGAAUGUGUACAGACAGAACAUUGAGCAGCUGGAUAAGGCCAGGACAGAGUGGGAACAGGAACAUAUUAAAACCUGUGAGGUUUUCCAGCUCCAGGAGUGUGACCGCAUCACCAUCCUCCGGAACUCGCUGUGGGUUCACUGCAACCAGCUCUCUAUGCAGUGUGUGAAGGAUGAUGAGCUGUAUGAAGAGGUUCGGGUAAGCUUGGAGGACUGCGUCGUAGAGUCAGACAUAGACUACUUCAUUAAGAGUAAAAUGACAGGAACACAACCUCCAGGUGCAAUAGGAUAUGAGAACUACUAUGACAGAGAACCAAACAGAAGCAACAGCCCAACUCAGACUUGUGGGAUGAUGAAGAGAUUCUCUGGACUGUUGCAUGGAAGCAGCAAAAACAAUGCUGAAAGAGUCAUUCCUUCAGCCCCUCCUUUCGCAGAGAAAACAGAUGGGGUCUACGCAGACAUUUUUGUAAAUGAACAUGGAAGAACUACAUCAUCACAGGACUACAGAGUACUUUAUGACUACACAGCCCAGAACAUGGAUGAACUGGACAUCAACGAAGGAGACAUUGUAGCUGUCAUUGAAGAAAAUGACAAUGGCUGGUGGACAGCUGAAAGGAAUGGGCAGCGAGGCUUUGUGCCAGGGUCUUACCUUGAAAAGAUUUGCUGAAGCGUAGCCUCAGUCCUUAGACUUUGAAAAUAUUCUUCUACUGAAAACAAACAUCAUACAAGGUCUGCUCCAGCCGACCAAGAACAACCCAUUAUAUUGCCCUCUACAUUUACCAGUCAGGAAAUAACUGCUUUCAUCUUCCUUCCCAUCGAUCCUCUCUCCUCUCAACAACUUCUGGCUCACACUGUCUGAAAAAAGCUGUCUUCAUCUCAGCAGGACGAGGACUCAGGUUUCUCACAAAGGUGCUUUCCACUCUCAGCACUGCUGCCAUCAGAAUCUGGGAGAAAAACCCUGCUUAGAACUUGACUAUGCUAAAGGAAAAAGAAGCUAAUUCUGCUUGUCCAGGAUGGAGGAGCACCUCCAGUCAGCCUGCGAGCAACCCUUACCACCAUAGCAGCCAUGACCUCCACCACGGAUUCCCUCUUCUCACUGCACACAUCAUGCAACUGUUUCUGAGGGCUGAGCUAAGAGCAGGAAGCACACAUUCUCAGAAAGCAGAUAGCUUCUACAUCACAAGUUCAUCCAUGGCUCUGUUUGCACUGGAUUCUGGGACAGCCAAAUGAGGGCAGAUAAAGAGCCCAAGGCCUGCUUUUACCUCAAUUGGAUGGUUUCUCUGACACCUUGCUGGGAUUUUUCAUGUUUAAAAAAAGCUUUCUAGCAGUGCUGCCCUGCCCUGAUCCUGGGAAAGAAGUGCUGGUUGCCUCCACAUGCAGUCUGCACAGACGUGCCCUCAGUGCAUUCUCCUUUUAACUUCUCUGUUCACCCAGCUGAUCCUUUCCUGCCCACCGGCUUUUCAGUCUCUGAUUAUCUACAGCCUCUGCAGCUCUGGGAUAGCUGGCACAGAUUUGGCUGGGUUCCUUUCCAUUUACUUCUAAUGUGCUUGUGCUACAACAAAGCCUCUGCGGAGAAGCUGUGCUGAGCAGGUCCAUUGCACCUCAUAGGUUACAGCUCUAGCAGUCUUGCUAGUCCAGCAUUUAGGAAUGCUUCCAACCAGCACUAUACUUUGCAAGAGAUCAUUAAGUACUUUGUGCCACUUCUCUCUAUUCAGAAAUUAAGCACGGUGAGAGUCAAAGGUACUUGCGUUAUCGUAUUCUCAUUUCUUGAUUCCAGAAUGAAAUAAAAGUUGCUGCAGGCCCUCUCUGUCCUCCUGCACACACAGCACACUUGUCUUUCCUAUGCUUGCCCAAGUUACCAUGUUGCACAUCUGCAUUAGGGCUCUUAGCAGCUCCCAUCAGCAGAGGCUCAGAAGAACUGCAGGAACUUGAAUGUCAUUUCAGGCACUACACUGUACUAACAGCAGUACUCACACAGGCUGAGGAUGUCAACGACAGUGUCCUGUGACCAAGUCUGAACUGACAGUGCCAAGAGUCCACAAUAGCCUCCAAUUAGUUAACUGCACUGUAAAUGCAACUGUCAGACAACAACAACAGAUCCUUGCAUACUGCAUAAGAGCAAACCUAAAGUGUGAAGGAUUUAAUGUAUUUGCUUGAAUACAAAGAGAACUAAUCAACCAGCAGAUAUUGAAAUAUUUUGCAAGCGAUCUGAAUUAAAAUAAAUCUCUAAGAUGCAACUCUUCUAACAGUAUAUGACAUAGGGAUUCUGCUAAGACUCCUCACAGACAGCCUCACACAAGACACUGCAGUACCCAGUCCUGGUUACCUUGAAAUCCUUUUAUGGAUUGUCUUUGCCUACACAGACCAUAUGGUCUGCAUCAGCUGACAGACAGAUGGUGACUACUGUAUCUCCCCCAUCAAAGCAUUUCAUAUUUUUGCUGUUAAAUUCAGGAAACUGGUUCCUUUCCUAUCUUUUUUUUUUUUUUUUUCAAGUCAAGUUUUCUCCUGUUUGUUACAACUGCAAAAGGCUACAGAUAUUUCCAAAUCUACCCAUUCUUGUAGCAUUUGGUUCCCACAUGCUAACUCUAGGCUGAUAAGAAAUGGAAAAGCAACAGCAAUGUUUUCUCAUAAUUCAGUUUCUGUGCUUUAUGGUGAAGAAUCUUGCUGAUAAGUAGUUAAUAAGCCAUAUCUAUGCAGCUUGCUCUAUCAGUGUGUCAGCACUUGUCAGAAAUAAAACAAAAAUAUCGAGAAAUACACACACACUCCCUUAAAACACCCCUUUCAGUGUCAUCCAUUCCAGGCAGUACGAAAAGCAGGAAGGUCAAACGUAGGGCAUUGCCUUAAUAAUAAUGUUGCCUCUCCAGCUUGGUAGCUAUUUGGUAACAAAACUGAAGCAUUCAAGAAAUCAUUUAAUUUUCAGGUGAAACUAAAACAGAUCCUUUCCAGGGGCAGGCAUACUUAAACUCAACUCCGGUGUAUCUGGCUGAGAUGCUUUUCUGAUAGACACUUCUGAUAAGGCUCUACCUCCACCCUGACUACCAUUCUUUGCUGAGGAGGUGACAAGCAACAAGUAGGGCCAUGGCAGCAGUGGCACACACAGCUAUGGCAAGUAAACUGAUUUCACAGCACGUCCACAAUCAGCAGAUUACCUCUGUGGCACUACCUGUGCUGCUAGUGCUCUGGAUGGGUUCACACACAAGCAGCUGUUAGCAGACAGUGAAGAACACGCUUUUGCCAGCUGCUUUGCAAAGGGGGGAGCCCAAUUACCCACUUACAGCCUAUGGCUAAUAUGUAA